GGUUGAUCAAAAAUCAUAGUUAUGCCAUUUGAAAGUCAUUUCUAGGAGAGGAGAAGUUUUGAGUCGACUUAUAUCUAAUCGUGGAAUGAAAAUUUGACUUAAAUCUUAAAAUUAUUCGCGUAUAGUACAGAGUAAAAGAUAGUACACCAUGGUGAGCCUCUUAGCACUACCUGUGCAAACGAAAAUCGAUGAUAUAAUGAAAGAGGUGCCCCGCCCGGCGAGUGGACUGCCAAUUAACGCAUUGCCAGGAUGGGAACGCGUGCCGUUGUGCAAUAAAUUGCCAAUGUUGGACACGCCAACCAACGAAAUUAUAUUUUCCAGAGGCAAGAUGGGAGUAAAGCUAUGGAAACCAGCGGAGUUUGUGUUGUACGAUCCAAAUUGCUACUUCGUAAAACUCACUUAUGAUUCCUUACAUGACCCUCAUUUGAAAGAUUUCUACAGCCGAUCCGCAAAUUUUGAGCGAAUCAAAGAAAUAGGACGUGUUACAGACGAAAAGGAUGUUAUAUGUACCCUGAGGGAAUUUAAUGACUACCGGCGAUAUCUCCGUCGCUUACAGUUGGAUGCAAUUAAUGAGAAAGUCCAGCAAAUAGAGGCAGAAAAACGAGAUAGAUACCUUAUAAAAAUGGCAGAAGACGUAGCUCAAAAGCAAAGAGAGCAGCUAAGAAAUAUAGUUGGCAGAACUAAGUCAGACAUUCUCAAAGCAAAAGAAAAGAGAGAACGUGAACGGCGUGAAAAGGCACUCCAAAUGACUAAUAAUCUCACGCGAAAUAUCGCAAGAAUUGAAGCGCUCAAGCAAUGGAAAAAGCAAGUAUUAAAAGAAAAAUCUAAAAUGCAUAACCUGGAGAUACGUGAUCGAUUGAACCGUGCCCGAGAAGCAGAAAAAUUACGAAUUAUCGCCCUCAAGAAGAAGAUGAAUAUGCGUGAAAUGCAACUUAAGAAAUUUUUGAAAAACCAUUUUGACGAAAUCAAGGACAUGAAAUUAGUUAAGGCCCUGGCAUAUUGGCAAAAGCGCCUGGAAUUUCGUGCUUGGAAAAGCGAACAAAAUGCACAAAUUCGUCGGAAAGCUCGACUCUUGAGAGAAGAAUGUGUAGAGAAACACAAACAACUUAUGCAAGCAAAGUGGGACCGCAUCCAGAUGCAAAUUGCACAGAAAUCAAUCGAACACCAGCAAAAGGAUCUUAUGGAUAAAUUAACCCAUGAGUUGCAGAUGAAGUUGCUUAAACGUAGACGAAGACGGAGUAGAAAACUUAGAAAACCGAGGAAAAUCCGGAGAGACCAACCGCAACCCUCAUCCGAUGCCAGUCAGAUACCCGAAAAUAUCUCGAAGGAUAUUUCAUCUGUGCAACGUAGAUCAUCCUUAAGGCAAAAUGGUCAACGGAAACUCAAAAAAUAUUCGGUCGCUAUGGCGAAACACUCGCAACAGGAACUACGAGAUGCACUUUCAACUGCGAUCUCCAUGCAUGAAAUGCCUCCUUCUAAUCGAGAAUCCGCCGAGAAGAUUCUGAGUAGCGCAAAAUAUAUUCUAGAAAAAGUAUUCAAAUCGGUAAGACGAAAUUUAGGGGAAGACUUGCAGGCACGUGAGUAUAUGUACCAUCGAAUAGAAGAUUUAUUCUAUCGGACGAAAAAGCAUGUCUUAUUGAAAGUCGAACGUGUCCUCCAAGUUGCCGAUGGUAUCCCAAGUCGAAAAAGCUCUGAAUUCGGGCCUACUAAGUCAUGCCCAAUUUCCAAGUCCUUUAUUCUUCCGUUAUGGUCCAAAAGCUUGGUGAAUACCAUGUCCAAGACAGUCUCAUUUGGUGACAUAGAGCCGAUAGGUAAAACGGCUCAGCUCAUUGAUCCGUCCAUUGAGUUAAAGAGUGUGAAGAGCAGGACACCAACGCCAGCGAGCUCUUUCAUAUCGCUCAAUGCCGUGGUAAGGGAAACAUGCACCGAUCGAGAUGUCCAAAUUCCUGUUAAAACCCGAGAGAAUAGAUACGAUCUUCCCCACUGGUCACCAAAUGAAAGAAUUUUCGUGGAGCACUUUUAUAUAAAAUUUAAGAAAGCUGUCCUGGUUGGUGUCGAAAGGGCCGUUUUCGACGCAAUCGACUUAAAAAAGAACGAGGUGCAACUUAGCUCCAGACGAGAAAUAUUAGAGCUCGAUCGCGAGUAUCUCAUCAAUAUCAUGGCCGAAUCAAUUUUAACGUACAACUUGAACAGCUAUAACUACUUCGGCAACACUCGACUAUGCAUUAGCGUAUUGGCCGCUGAGUGCCUUUUCGAUUUGCAAAGCACGCCCCUGAGGGCAAAAUAUGAUUCAAGCUAUCGUGUGGAACCGCGUUGCCGUUGUAACAUAGGAUCAUUUGGUAAAACCAUUCCCCUUAAAAAUUCGCGUAGUUUUAAAUGACAAAUUUAUGGAGCUUUUUUGUUUUGUCGUAAUUUUUUAUUAUUCUGUUCGGUAAA